CAGAAAGCUUGUCUCCUUCCUUCCUUCCCAACUGCACUAUAUAUCUUACCCUAGUCUAUCUCAGCUAUAUUAAUGGGGAGGCCACCUUGCUGCGAUGGGAAUGGUCUCAAGAAGGGCCCAUGGACAGCUGAAGAAGACCAGAAGCUCACGGACUAUAUCGACAAGCAGGGCCGUGGAAGCUGGAGGGCACUGCCUAAGCUUGCAGGACUGAACAGGUGCGGCAAGAGCUGCAGGCUGAGAUGGACCAACUACCUGAGGCCUGAUAUUAAGAGAGGAAAGUUCAGCCAUGAGGAAGAGCAGACAAUCCUCCAGCUCCACUCCAUCCUUGGCAACAAGUGGGCAGCCAUCACGAAGCACCUCCCCGGACGGACGGACAACGAGAUCAAGAACUUCUGGAACACACACCUUAGGAAGAAGCUGGUCCAGAUGGGCUGCGACCCGACGACGCACCAACCGAGGGCCGACCUCUUGGGUGCGCUGCCGCAGCUUAUCGCGCUUGCCAACCUCGGCCGACUCGUGGAUGACCACACCGCCAGACAGCUGCAAGCUUAUGCAGUCCAGGCAGCAAAGCUUGAUUAUUUUAAGUCCCUGCUUCAGUCUGCAGCAACCAUUGCGACUAGUCCCAGCAGCUCCGGCAGCAUCAACACCAUUAGCACUGACCUGCAGUGGAUGGGUCUCCUGAGUGCGUCGCAAAGUUCUUCCUUGUCUUCGCUCCCGUCUCCUAGGACCAUGGAGGGCACCGAUUACCAAGGCUUAGUAACCGGGCAACUACCUGAUCUCCACAUACCUGGAACUGGUAGCUCAUUCGUCCAACAGCCCAUCACCAAUGGUUCCAUCCAGAACUUAGGAUACAUUGCAAACAGCGGCGAGGGAGAGAAUUGUUUUCCGGCACACUCUGACUGCUCUAUUUCCAAUCUAGUUGGUGCUUGCAGCACAUCAGGCUGUGACGCCGAGGGCAACAGCGCUCAGCUCCCUAUUUGGUCUGACUCAUAUUUUGACCAGUUCAUGACCGAGUUGGCAUGAGUUUCCCAAAUUUAGCUCCCCCCGUAUCAACUCUUAUUUAUGUUGUGAUUUCCAUUGUACUGCUAUAGGUGUUGCUGGAUUUCUUUUGCAUCGUGUAGAUUUUCCAAAGCCCAUAUGCUCCUAUGCAUAUGCAGUGUACGUAAAAAACACUUGUAAUAAAUAUACAUAUGUU